CUGAUUGGACAGUUGGUGGCCGAGAAGGUGGGCCACGCGUUGGACGAGGGCUUGAAAGUGAUCGCAUGUAUCGGCGAACUGUUGGCCGAGAGAGAGGCCGGAAAGACAACGGAUGUCGUGUUCAGACAGACUCAAGCCAUCGCUGCUCAAGUGAAGGACUGGAGUCGUGUGGUGUUGGCGUACGAACCCGUGUGGGCCAUCGGCACCGGCGUGACGGCCACACCAGCCCAGGCACAGGAGGUGCACAAACAGCUGAGGGAAUGGGUGAAGACGAAUGUGUCGGCAGAAGUGGCCGACAACUUGCGCAUCAUUUACGGCGGAUCCGUGACGGGCGGCAACGCCAAGGAGUUGGCACAGGAGGCCGACGUCGACGGCUUCCUCGUAGGCGGCGCUUCACUCAAACCAGAGUUCGUCCAAAUAGUGAACGCAAAGGUCUAAAACCAUUGGCGACACAAAUAAUCGUUUAUUUUAUAAUUUAAAUCAAAUAAAUUUAUGUUUAUUAGGGUUUUACUGAUUAUAUUAUACUAAUUAUUAUAAAUGCAAUUGUUUUAGUCUAUUAUAGGUUUAGGUUUUACAAUGAAUUGAUUGUUGUGUCAAAUGUUCACUCAACGGAACAUUGAAUAGAGUUUAUUGUAUGGAGUCUUAUGUAUCUCUUAAAGCUUUGGUUAUUUUGUCGGAAAAGUAUAUUAAAAAUAAAAAAGUAUAUCCAUAUUUCAGACA